AUAAUGAACACGGCCUUGACUCUUGAGAACCUCCAGGCUGAAUUCUACAAGCAGGGGCUCGCCCGAUUCAAUGAUUCCGCUUUCACUGAUGCUGGGUUUGAUGUCAAGGUCCGCAACCGCCUCGCCCUCAUUAGUGCUGAAGAAAAUGCCCAUGUCUCCUACUUGACUUCCGCCAUUCAGAAACAAAACGGCAAACCUAACCCUCCCUGCACCUACAAAUUUCCAUUGGAGGAUCUGACAAAGUUCCUGGCUACUGCUCAACUGUUGGAGAAUGCUGGCACAUCCGCCUACCUCGGUACUCCGGCUAACUUGUUACAUUUGCCUAGUGAAUUACAAAAUGCCAUUGCUGGUGUCACCACUGCAGAGGCUCGUCAAGCUUCGUACCUCAAUGAGCUUUGGGGUCAGGUUGGUUUUCCCUAUCCAAUUGAUACAGCCCUGAGCCUCAAACAGGCCAUCACAAUCGUCUCUACCUAUAUCGCCGAGUGUCCCUAUGAUAUCGGUAUCAAGCCUUACCCUGCCUUGACAGCUACCGUCCCCGAGAACUCGUACACAGUCACCACUAACUAUGAAGGCAAGGAUUCCCAAAACUCCAACAGUACUUAUUGCCAGUUCUUGUGCGGAAGCAAGUCCGCUGUCUCCCCUCGCAACAACUGCACUCUUCCCGCUGAUGCUGUCGGUUACACUUAUGUCUUCGUUACCAGUGAUGACACCCCUGUUAACGCCACCAGCGACAACGACAAUAUCUUGGCUGGCCCUACCUUGCUG